CGCGGUUCUUCAAUUGUGGACGGGUUUAAUGAACUGAUCCAUAAAUGACUACUACAUCUGAACUCCCUAAUGAAUGUCAACCAAUCAUUAAUGAUGAAGAUAUUCUUAAUGAUUGUGGACCCGUGGAUAUCCCACCGCCACCUCCGUUGGCACAGUCUUUGGAUGCUAGUGGCCCAAGAUUAAUGAUCACUCAAAUUGUUACGGAAAAUUUCAAAUCUUAUGGUGGUAUGCGUGUUAUGGGACCAUUCCAUAAAAAUUUUAGUUGUAUUAUCGGACCUAAUGGAAGCGGUAAAAGUAAUGUAAUUGAUUCGAUGCUGUUCGUGUUUGGUUAUCGGGCAUCAAAAGUUCGUUCAAAGAAAAUUAGUCAACUCAUACAUUAUAGUGAACUAGUACCUAAUGCUAGUAGCUGUGAAGUAUCUGUGCACUUUCAAAAAAUUAUUGAUCAUGGUUCCGGUGCUUUGGACUAUGAAGUUGUUCCAAAUAGUCAGUUUGUUAUCUCACGACGAGCAUACAAAGAUAAUUCAAGUUGUUAUUUGAUUGAUGGUACUCGAGCUGUUUAUCGUGAUGUGGCUAAUCUUUUACGCUCUCAUGGAGUAGAUAUUGAUCACAAUCGAUUCCUCAUAUUGCAAGGCGAAGUAGAACAAAUUGCUUUGAUGAAACCUAAAGCACCAAGUGAACACGAGGAUGGAUUUCUUGAAUACUUGGAGGAUAUAAUUGGUUCAUCACGUUUCAAACAUCCAUUAACUAUAUUCUCAAAUCGAAUUGAAAAAUUAAAUGAUUUACGUUUGGAAAAACUUGCACGUGUAAAAGUUGUGGAAAAAGAGAAAGAUGAAUUAGAAAGUGUACGUAAUGAAGCAAUGGAUUAUUUACGCUUAGUGAAUCAAUUAAUUCUAUUGAAAAAUGUCCUCUAUCAACAGAAUUUAUCAAAAGAACGUAGUCUAGCUAAAAUUGCUAAAGAGAAACUAACUGAUGCUCAAACUGAAACUGAAAACUUAGCAAAUCAGAUACGUGAGAAAACACGACAAAUUACCCAGUUAGAAUCAAAUCGAGAUGAACUUACCCAACGUCAUACUCAAUUACAAAUAAGACAUCGUGAUGGAAAGGCGAAAUUUGCUGAAUUCGAAGCUCAAGAUGGACAAUUACGUGAUGAACAUACACAUACCAAAGCUUCAGCUCGUCAUUUAGCUAAAGCAAUACAAGCAGAACGAACUAAAUUAGAAGAAUUAGAACGAUUACCUAGUGAAGCAGAUGCACGUCGUGAAGCUAUUCAAAAACAAUUAGCAGAAUUUGAAGAAGUUAGAAAGCAACAUGAAGAAGUUUAUAAGGAAAUAGCUGAUAGUUUGUCUAAAGAAUCUGCUCCAUUACGAAUGAAAGUUGAAAAAAGUGAAUCAGCUUUAGCUCCAUUACAAACUGAAGCUGAUCAAAUCACUAGUAAAUUAGCAUUGGAACGUCAACAAUUCGAUCUGAUGAUGGCUGGUCAACGUAGAGAAUUAGAACGUAUGGAAAAAGCAAAGAAAAGUAUGGAAUUAGCACAAAAUAAAUUAAAAGAGCGGGAACAAGAACUUACGGAUGCUAAAAAUCAAUUAUCAUCAACAGGAAAUAAUGCUAGUCAAACAGGUGGACGAAGUAAAGGCAAUCUACUGGAGACUGCACUAGCCUCAGCUACACGUGAUUUAGCCGAAGUGAAAGCUCAUGAAGCUGAUCUGACAAAAGAACUCAAUAAUUUGCGUAGCAAGUUAACCGAGUCGAAAUCAGCUCUUCAGGCGGAUAAUUCAAGAAAUCGUUUGUUAAAUGCUUUACUCGAAGCCAAACGAUCUGGUAAAUUGACUGGAAUUCUUGGUCGACUUGGUGAUCUAGGUGCAAUUCCAUCACGUUAUGAUAUUGCAAUCUCUACAGCUUGUGGAUCAUUAGAUCAUAUUGUAACCGACACUAUGGAUACAGCUCAGAAAGCUGUGAAUUUUUUAAAACAGAAUAAUCUUGGACAAACUACUUUUAUCGCUUUGGAUAAAAUGAAGAAAUGGGCUGAGAAAUCGUCAACUCCAUUCAAUAUGCCAAAAGUAUCAUUUCAAGUGGAACGUUUAUAUGAUUUAAUUCAAACUGUUGAUCCGAAUGUCAAACCAGCAUUUUAUUUUGCUUUAAGAGAUACAUUAGUGACAGAAAAUUUGAAUGCAGCUACAAAAGUUGCAUUUGGUCAACAACAACGUUAUCGUGUUGUUACACUUCAGGGUCAAUUGAUUGAAGCAUCUGGUGCAAUGUCCGGUGGUGGAGGUCGACCACUCUCAGGUAGAAUAAUGACAGAUAUUGUACAAGUGAAAAAAUUUCAUGAAACUAAUUCGAAUACUGAAACGAAACAUCAAAAAUGUUUAUCAACUAAUGAUCCAAAUGAAAUCAAUGAUAUCUCUGCAUUAGAACGACAAUUAACUCAAGGUGAUGCUGAACUUGGUCGGUUACGUGAUACACGUUCACGUUUAGAAGAAAUGAUUGUACGUAUGACACGUCAACGUGAUGAAUCUGAACGUACCAUUAAACGAUGUGAAGCUGAAUGUAUUCGUUUACGUGCUGAAGUCAGCGCAUUGUCGGAUGAAGUGAAACAAGCUGAAGAACGUGCUAAAUCCACCGGGCCAUCAAAUGUGGAACGUCAAAAAUUUGAGAAACAAUUAGAAAAACUUGAAAGUUUAGCUCAACAAAAAUGUUCCAUUGCAGCGAAAAAACGUGAAGAAUUGGAAAAUCUAAAAAAUCAAUUAUUAAAUUAUGGUUCCGAUCGUUUAACCGCUGUUCAACAUCGUCUUGAUGUUAUGGAAAAGAAAACGAAAGAUAAAAAUGAUGAAUUAACCAAAUUAGAAGUGAGUUUAAAAACUGCUGUACGUAAUCAACAAAAAUCUCUCAAUAAAUUAAAACAUAUGGAAUCGGAAGCGGAAGCGAUUAAAACAAAAUUAACUGAUAUUGAUAAUAAAUUAAAAGAAUUGGAAGAACAUGCACGUGCUUGUAUGACUGAUUAUCAAAAAAUUCAAGAUGAAGUUGAAGAAUUACAAAAACUUAAAGAAAAAUGUCACGCUGAAUUGACUGAAACCGAGAAAGCUUUAGCAACCAUACAAAAAGCUGAAAUUGCUGCACGUCGUUUAAUGAAUCAAUAUGAAAAUGAUCUGUCGCAAGCUACAGCCAAUACACGUCAUUGGGAACGUGAACUUAGAAAUCUUCGAUUACAUCGUAUCGAUGAUGACGAUGACGACGACGAUGAUGAUGAUGAUGAUAAUAAUCAUCAUCAAGAAGCAACAGAGAUUGUCAUGGAAGAACAAGAUGUAUCAUCUCAUCAACCAACUAUUAAAAAUUCACCAGUUGUAGUUCAUAUGAAUAAUGACAAAUCACCAACACCAAAACGAAUCAAUAAAAAGUUGGCUGGUAAAACAAAAAAUCUUCCUAAAUACACAGAUGAAGAAUUGAAAGAACUGAAUGCUGAUUUAAAUGAAAUCAAACGUUUAGAAGAGAGUAUCACUGCAAUGGCACCUAAUAUGGCUGCAAUAGAAGAAUAUCGUCGUAAAGCGGAAAAUUAUUUAACACGUGUUAGUGAAUUAAAUCAUAUCACUAAUGUAUUAAGUGAACAACGUAAACAUAUGGAUGAUGCAAAAUCAAAGCGAUUAAAUGAAUUUCUUGAUGGUUUUCAUACAAUUACAAAUAAAUUAAAAGAAAUGUAUCAAAUGAUUACACAAGGUGGUGAUGCAGAACUGGAAUUAAUCGAUUCAUUAGAUCCAUUCUCUGAAGGUAUUGUAUUCAGUGUACGUCCCCCAAAAAAAUCAUGGAAAAAUAUUGCAAAUUUAUCUGGUGGUGAAAAAACUUUAUCUAGUUUAGCUUUAGUAUUUGCAUUGCAUCAUUAUAAACCAACACCAUUAUAUGUGAUGGAUGAGAUUGAUGCAGCGUUAGAUUUUAAAAAUGUUUCGAUUGUGGGCAAUUAUUUAAAAGAACGUACAAAAAAUGCCCAAUUCAUUGUUAUAUCAUUAAGAAAUAAUAUGUUUGAAUUAUCAGAUCGUUUGAUUGGAAUUUAUAAAACAUAUAAUAUUACCAAGACUAUCACAUUAGAUCCAUCACCAUUAAUGGAACAUUUACGUCAUUUGGUCAUGCGUGUAGCUACUGCUCAUGGUCAUAGUGAUCAUCCUCAUCAUCAGGAUGAAAGAAGAGAAUUGCCGUCAGCGCCAUCGUCGACGCUGUCACCACCACUGUCGUCACAACAACCACAACAACAACAACAUGAAAAAAAUCAUGAUGCUGCGAUUGAAGAAAUUAUUCUGGUGAAUGAUGAUGAUGAUGAUGAAGCUGAUGUUGAUGCUGAUAUGCAAACAGUAUUAACAGUCAAUCAUGGAAAUAAUUAAAUGCUGAACAGAAUAUGUGUGUACAAAAAUCAAAUUUAUGCUGUUAAUCAUAAUGACAAUAGCAAUAACACAAAAGUCCCCAAUAUGGUAAUGCUAAAUCAUGUGUAAUUCAAUGUAGCAGCAAAUGUCUUCAUGUUUCGAAUGUAUUUUUUAUAAAAGUAACAAUAACAACAACAACAAUCACACUGAUAAUAAUAGUUGUUUGUGUGAACACUGUAUAUAAAUUAUGUUGGUUAUUUUUAAAGAUUUCUAUUUCAGAUUGUGUUCUAUGUUAAGAAAUUUUUAUAUUUUUUUAUACAACUACACUUAUAGAAUUGUUCUUUUUUUCCCCUAUUUUCGUGUGAAUGUGUACAUAGACGUA